CAUUACUCCCACGUUUUGUCUUAAAUUAAAAGGAAUUAACGCUCAGAACCCAUUCUUUAAAUAAAGCCACCGCUCAUCAUGAUCUUGCUGGAAAUCAAUAAUCGGAUUAUAGAGGAGACACUCCUGGUCAAAUACCGCAACGCCCAGGCUGGACUAAAGCCAGAAUCGAUAGACAUACGAAUAGCAGACUUCGAUGGCGUACUCUAUCACAUUUCGAAUGUGAAUAAUGAUAAAACCAAAGUGAGGAUCAGCAUAUCGUUAAAGUUCUACAAACAGCUGCAAGAGCAUGGGGCCGACGAGCUGCUGAAGCGUGAAUAUGGCAGUCUGCUAACUGACACAGAAGAAGGCUACAAUGUUUCUGUACUUAUAAAUCUCGAGGAAAUCCCCGAGGACUGGGAGCAAAUUGCAAAGAGAAUUGGACUGCUGAAGCGCAACUGUUUUGCCUCUGUCUUUGAAAAGUAUUUCGACUUCCAGGAGCAAGGAGAAGAAGGACAAAAGCGUGCCGUAAUUAACUACCGCAACGAUGAGACUUUGUACGUGGAAGCCAAGCCAGAUCGUGUCACCGUUGUUUUCAGCACUAUCUUCCGUGAUGAGGACGACGUUAUAAUUGGCAAAGUAUUUAUGCAGGAAUUGAGAGAAGGGCGUCGUGCUUCUCACACAGCCCCGCAAGUGCUCUUCACGCACCGAGAACCGCCUCUGGAAUUGGCCAACACGGAUGCCAGAGUGGGCGACAACAUUGGCUAUGUCACAUUUGUACUUUUCCCUCGGCAUACCAACAAAGAAACUAGGGACAAUACCAUCAAUCUAAUACAUAUGUUCCGAGAUUAUUUGCAUUACCACAUCAAGUGUUCAAAGGCCUACAUUCAUUCCCGCAUGCGUGCAAAAACCUCGGACUUCCUCAAGGUGCUAAAUCGUGCAAGGCCUGAACCCAAGAAUACGGAGAAGAAAACUAUAACGGGGAGAACAUUCAAACGCAUGGAAUGAUGCGUGCAGUAUGUUUAGUUGUUUUUAUAUACAUAAAUAUAAAAAAAAAAUUGUCUAUUCACAUGCAAAAAGUGAACAUACGCGAUGCUUAGGCAAAGCAAUAGAAACCCCUGCAGAACAGGAAAGACAAAUAGUAGAGAAAAGAAAGUAUUGGAAACUGAAAGUUAAGGCUAAGUGUAAGCUCAGCAACAUAA